UAAGCCCGGCCCGGAACGGCCGCGCUCGGCCGCGCGUUCCGGGGGACGGCGGCGCUGCGGGACGGGCGGGCCCGCUCCGCCAUGGCCGCGUCCCCCGGGCGGCGCCGCCGCUGGGAACGGGAGCAGGCCCGGCUGAAGGCCAGCGUGGUGGAGGAGGACACCGAGGAGUGGCAGGAAGAUGCCCGUUUUGCCGGGCUGGAGAGAGUGGGAGGUGUGGAUUUAUCCUACAUCAAGGGCGACGACAGCCGUGCCUGCGCCUCCCUGGUCGUGCUCAGCUUCCCGGCUCUCGAGGUGCUGUACCAGGAUUGCCGCAUGGUGGCCGUCAGUGCCCCGUACGUGGCCGGGUUCUUGGCCUUCCGAGAGGUCCCCUUCCUGGUGGAAGCUGUCCAGAGACUGCAGCAGGAGGAGCCCCAGCUCCAGCCUCAGGUGCUUCUGGUAGAUGGGAAUGGCCUGCUCCAUCCCAGAGGGUUUGGCACAGCCUGUCACCUGGGAGUCCUGACGGACCUGCCGUGCAUUGGAGUGGCCAAGAACCUCCUGCAGGUGGAUGGCUUGGUCAGGGACGAGCUGCACAGGGAGCAGGUCCGCUCCCUACAGAGGUCAGGAGAGACAUUCCCACUGACAGGCACUUCGGGGAAAGUCCUGGGCAUGGUGCUGCGGAGCUGCAACAACAGCUCCAAGCCCCUCUACGUCUCCGUGGGCCACCGGGUGAGCCUGGACACGGCCGUGCGCCUCGUCAGGGCCUGCUGCCGCUUCCGCAUCCCGGAGCCCAUCCGGCAGGCUGACAUUAGGUCCAGGGAGUACCUUCGGAAGCAGCCCUGUGCUCCGCUGGAGGGGCUGGAGGCUCUCCCUGCCAGCCCAGAGAGGUGGGUGUGUGGGCAAAAGGGGCUCUGCUCGUGGAAUGAGCUGCAGUAAUGGCAUUAAAGGUACAGGCAGGGUAACAAGGUGAGCUGGGUGAGGAGAUCAGGACAUGUGCUGCCUCCAGAAGGUGAUUUCUGCUCCGUGUGGCCACGCUGCCUCACACGUUGCUUCCGACAGCGCCGUGUCCUGAGCUGGGGAAGGGCAGAGGGGAUUUGGUCUUUUUUCAGCACUGGUCAUAAGAAAGCCCUAACGCCCACAGGUAUGACGUGAGGGUGAACAGAAAUACCUGCAGGGAGCUGGUUUUGGCCCCCAGGUCUUGGGGAGGGUCAGAGUCCCCCCACUCUUACAUAAGGUGGGCCAGGGGGUGUCAGGUCGGGGUAAAUCCAUGGCAGGUCCCCUGAGGUGCAGGAGCUCCUCGUGCUGUGGCUCUGCUGCCUCUCCAGUGGGGUUCACAGCAGUGUUGGGCCCCCUCAGCCCCAGGACCAGGCUGGGCAGACAGCAGGGAGCCCUGUCCCAAGAGCUGCUCGGGGUGAGCCCGGUGUGUCAGGGCUCUGAGGGAGCAGAGCUGGGGAUGGUGGCACUGGGGGAGUGGGGGAUUAUUAGUGCUGGCUGAGGCAGCUCUGUGAGUGGAUUCCUUAGGACACGUGGAUGGUGCUGGAUCCUGCUCAGCUCCUUUGUUCUUUGAGUUGUGCACCCAGGGGCAGGACAAGGGGCUCUCUCAGCUGCUGUGGUGGCACUUCUCAGCAUGGCCAGGCCGUGGGGCAGCUCUGGGAGUGCCAGGCCAGGUGUCCCCAGUGUUUGCUGGAGCUCACUCUGGCUGGUUUGGAGGGGAGUGCACCAGAACCCCACACUCACUCCAGUUGUGACCUUGUCUCUCACACCCUCUGUACCUGAGCUCCUCGGCCACCAAGUGCCAGUUGUUUGUACCUGUUGGUUUCUACUUUUUUUUAAAAAAACCUACUUUCUACUUUCUCUUUUUUGUUCCCAGCAGCAAAAAGGAGGCUGAAUUGGAGGAUUAGUCUGGUGCCAGAAGAAACUGCAGAGCUCCUCUUUGCUGGGUCCUCUCCUGCACCGAGGCUGAGUCCUGCUGGAUGCAGGAGCCCAGUGCCACCCUGAGGGACAGCUGUGCCAGGCUGUGUCCCUCAGGACAGCACCAGCCACUGCUCAGGGAGAAUCCUUGCAGUGAAUUUCUCAGGGUUUGUUUUCAAGUAUUGUUAAAAUCUUUUGUAUAAGCAAAGGCUCACGUGUGAGUUUGCAACACCUCCCUGGAGCCCGUGGGCAGCUGCAGGGGGCGAUUCACAAAGGGGUGUUGAGGCAUUUCCCCCCAGAGCCGGCCUGUGUCUCCUGCCACACCUCUGGGGCACGGACACCUCCCUUCCUGCUGUUUCUGGAGCAGCUUCCCCGUCCCUGCAGCCUGGGCUCUCCCGUUCCCUCCCACGUCUCUGGGGAGCAGCAGCCCCGUUCCAGCUCCGGGGGGAACAGCCCUGCUGCCCCGCUCUUCCUGAAGGAAGGAUCAUCUCAGGGGAAAGGAUCCCAGGAGGAUGGGGAGGUCAUUCCUGGCGCACAGAGCACUGCGAGUGCCCAGAUCCCAGGCUGGAGUUUUGACGCAGCCCCAGCAGAGCCCAGAGCCAAGAGCUGCUGUGCCCAAAUCAUCCUCGACCCUCGGCCAGCCUGCAGGGCCAAAGCUUCUCCCAAGGUGUGGGGUCCUGGCUGAGGCUGGCAGGUGGUUCCUGACUGUUCCUGAAGAGCAGCAGGAGCAGAACGUGCUCUGGGAGAUCAGGGUGUGGCUGUGUGGGAUCCCAGCCUGAAGAGGAGGAAGGAUGCUUUCCUGGGUUGGGGAGGGGUGCUCGGGUCAGGCUCCUGUGGGCUGUUUUAACCUCAAUUUUGCAUAAAUUUGUUGUACAACUUCAGUUCUUUUCUCUUAGAGCUGCUCUGGGUGGGGGGGACAAAACCCAGCCCGUUCUGCCUCUGCUGUGUCGGGGUCUGGGCUGUCCCUCUGGAAACCCGGAUGGGAAAAGGGGGGAAGCCAUAGACCCAGCUCCCCUGGGGCCCGUGGGCAGCUCUGGAGCUGGUCCUGGGAGUGUCCUGUCCCGAGGGAGCAGGGUGGAGACAGAGCCACAGCACCGCUGCCAGCAGGGAUCAGUUCAUUCCUCAUUCCAACCCCACACAAAUCAGCGACUUCUCUGAGCAUGGGGGCAGGCUCCUAAAGCCUGUCACAAAUUCAGGCACAAGUGCCAGAGUGGGCGGGGAACAGCUCCUUCCUGGACCUCAUGGGCAGAACACCGGGGAAAUCCAUCUGGGUUUUCUGCUUGCUCUGGCCUGUGCUGGGCCCUGGCUCGUCCCAAAUUCUGGGUGACACCGCUCCCACUGCAGGUUGACCCCAGCUGUGCUGAGUGAAGCCCCUUAUCUGACUCAGCUGUGCUGGAGGAGGCUCUGUGGGGAGGAGCUCCUCCAGGAUGGCCCUGGCAGAAGAGGGGAGCCCUCAGCACGUGCGACUGUGGCUCUUCCUGCUCUGGGUUUAACCUCAUGUUUAAUCUAACGUCUGUGCUUUGAAUCCCUGAGCUGUUGGUGAUUUUUUUUUUGUGCUUCUAGUUGGCAUUUGACAAUGAGAGAUUUGGGGUGGGCUGGUCAGGGGAGGCUCUGCAGCCAAAGCUGUGAUUUGGGUGGAAGCUCAAGGAACUGAGCCCAGCUCCUCGACAGGAGCGUGAGGGACCCAGGGCUGGGGACACUGCUGUCCUAGGCUGGCCUGAGCCCCCCCCCCAGCUGCCUCUGCCCGGGGGGGUGAGGAAAAAUCAGGUAAAAAAAAAACCAACAUAAAAAGUCCAAGCACGUGGCUCUGCAUCACUGCCCCGGCUUCCCUCGGCGUGAGGCUCUGAACUCCUCUGUUCCAGGUUCAGGUAAACUCAGAUGACUCUGGAUUGAGUCACCUGGGGAGGGUUUGGGAGGAGGAUGGUGCUGCAGUGUCCUGGCAGCCCCCUGUGCAGCCCUGCUGGAGCCAGGGGCUCUGUGCUCCUCGGCUUGGGGUUUGCCUGGGCUGCGGGGUGCUCAAAGGAAGGGACUAAUCUCUGUGUUUGGUGUCUGCUUGUAGCUCUUUGGACACAAUAAGGGAUUAACUUGGUCUUUAUCUAAUUGGUUUAUAACCCUGGGAAGGGAAAAUCUCUUUGUAAUGCUUGAAACCUCUUAACAGGAACUCAGAGAGUGGAGCUUGAGUGUCCUUCGAAAUAAACUCAUACGUGGCUUGUCUUUCUAAA